UCCCUGCACUCGGGUGCGCACGCUCGCUUGCCUGCUUCCUGCCGCCGCAGCCGCCGCCGCCUGGGCCAUGGCGACCUGUUUUCGGCUGCGGAGCUACCUGGCCUUGCACCUCCCGCGGACGCCUCCCAGCCGGGUCCUCCGCCCCCGCGCCGACUACCCGGUGGCCCGGAUUCGCGGCUACGCCCGGGGCCCAGCGGGCCUUUCCUCGGCCCUGCUGCGCACCGACGGCUUCGUGGGCGGCAGCUGGCUCUCGGCCGCCGCCACCUUCCCGGUGCACGACCCGGCCAGCGGCGCCGAGCUGGGCUUGGUGGCCGACUGCGGGGUACCCGAGGCCCGCGCCGCCGUGCGUGCCGCCUACGAGGCGUUCUGCAGCUGGAGGGGGGUCUCGGCCAAGGAGAGGAGUUCUUUACUUCGGAAAUGGUACGACUUAAUGAUACAAAAUAAGGAUGACCUUGCCAAGAUAAUCACAGCUGAAAGUGGAAAGCCACUAAAGGAGGCACAGGGAGAAAUUCUCUAUUCUGCAAAUUUCCUGGAGUGGUUUUCAGAGGAAGCCCGCCGCGUUUACGGAGACAUUAUCUACACCCCAGCAAAAGAAAAACGGGCCCUGGUCCUCAAGCAGCCCCUCGGUGUGGCCGCAGUCAUCACCCCAUGGAACUUCCCCAGCGCCAUGAUCACGAGGAAGGUGGGGGCCGCCCUGGCAGCAGGCUGCACGGUAGUGGUGAAACCUGCCGAGGACACGCCCUUCUCUGCGCUGGCCUUGGCCGCGCUUGCAGACCAGGCUGGAAUUCCUCCGGGUGUAUACAACGUUAUUCCCUGCUCUCAAAAGAAGGCCAAGGAAGUAGGGGAAGCACUUUGCACGGAUCCCCUAGUGUCUAAAAUUUCCUUUACUGGUUCAACAGCCACCGGAAAGGUCCUGUUGCAUCAUGCAGCAAACUCUGUGAAAAGGGUGUCCAUGGAGCUGGGCGGCCACGCCCCAUUCAUCGUGUUUGACAGUGCCAAUGUUGACCAGGCUGUCGCCGGGGCCAUGGCAUCUAAAUUUAGGAACUCUGGACAGACUUGUGUUUGCUCAAACCGUUUCUUGGUGCAAAGGGGUAUCCAUGAUUCCUUUGUGAAAAAAUUUGCCGAGGCAAUGAAAACAAACCUGCACGUGGGUAAUGGAUUUGAGGAGAGAACUACUCAAGGCCCGUUAAUUAAUGAGAAAGCUGUAGAAAAGGUAGAGAAACAUGUGAGUGAUGCCAUUUCCAAAGGGGCCACCGUUGUGACAGGCGGGAAGCGACAUCAAGUUGGAAAAAAUUUCUUCGAGCCCACCCUGCUCAGCAACGUCACCCGAGACAUGCUCUGCUCUCAGGAAGAGACGUUUGGGCCCGUGGCACCCGUUAUCAAGUUUGAUACAGAGGAGGAGGCGGUGGCGAUCGCUAACGUGGCCGACGUCGGGCUGGCAGGUUAUUUUUACUCUCAAGACCCAGCCCAGAUCUGGAGGGUGGCGGAGCGGCUAGAAGUCGGCAUGGUUGGCGUUAACGAAGGCUUGAUCUCCUCCGUGGAGUGCCCUUUCGGUGGGGUGAAGCAGUCUGGCCUUGGGCGAGAGGGCUCCAAGUAUGGCAUUGACGAGUACCUGGAGCUCAAGUACGUGUGCUUUGGAGGCUUAUAGGAUUCCUUAGUUCUUUAAAAAAUAAGAAAGGAAGCUUCGCCACAUGUAUGGGGACAUGCCAUCCAUUAUUUUAAAUAAGCCCAUAGGGUAUCUGAAUUAGGAAUUUUUUUUUCGGGCCUCUCACUGCUGUGGCCUCUCCCGUUGCGGAGCACAGGCUCCAGACGCGCAGGCUCAGCGGCCGUGGCUCACGGGCCCAGCCGCUCCGUGGCACGUGGGAUCCCCCUGGACCGGGGCACGAACCUGUGUCCCCUGCAUCAGCAGGCGGACUCCCAACCACUGCGCCACCAGGGAAGCCCUGAAUUAGGAAUUUUUUUAAAGCUCAUCCAAUCCUCGUAAUCUUGAACAGAUGCAAAUCCUACCCCUCCCCCUACCUGACUAGGGACCAAUACAUGCCAUGCGCCUGAGGCCGCAGACUCCCCGAGAACCAGCGUAGGGUUUAUAGAAUGAAGCCCUGGACUCCACCACGACCCCAUCUGCCUCAGAGCAAAGUGCAGCGUGAGGCCAGCCGGCCCCCACAGCCCCACGGUCACGGCUGGAUCACUGCCUGGGCGCACUAAAGACACUUGCUGGGUAUUCCGGGGUGUUGCUGCAGAGGCUGAACCACUCAUUUUUUAAGACUUCAGAAAUAGCACGGAAUUGCCUGUGCUUCUUUGAGACGUGAAGGAACCCCUCUCCCUUUUUCGACCAUUUUUUAAAUUGAAGUCUCCAUUGUCCUAAAUUAACUGCUUAAAGGUUUCUUCCUUUCUGUGCUGUUUUCCAUGUCAUGUUGUUUCCGUUAGGAAAUAAGCCUAAGCAUAAAGCACAGCAGCUUGGUGGGAUGGAUGGCCCACGAGUAAUGGCCUGGCCUGGCUUUGUCCCCGUGGAUGUGACAUUCAACCCCUCCCCGCCCCCCGCUGCACCCGCAUCCCUCAGGAGAGUGGAGAUUCUAUACAUGCCUUAUUUAGCUCCAUGGGCUAUUGUGAGCCUCAGAGAAAGUGAAAGUGUUUGCCAAAAAGUAAAAAUUCAGUGUAAGUGCAGGAGUCGUCAUUAUUAUGAGCAGCACGUCCCAGCCCCGCUUGGGUGUCCGGCAGUGGCUUUGCCAAGGUGAGCGGAGGUUGGUACCCACCUGCCCAGCACCUGAGCCUGAGUGAGGGCUCGUCACCUGCAGCCUGCUGUUUCUGUUCUCAUGAAGCGCUGCUCCUUCACCUGCAAAAGAGCAAAAGCACUUUCACGACAAUAAUCCCAAAAGGAAAAAGGAUUUCCAUAAUUGCCAAUUGGAAGAGGCAUGAGGUUUUGCCCUUCAGGCACCUUUUAUCCAAUAAGAGUUUUUAUAGUUCAUCAUUUAAAACAAAAACAAAAACAAAAAAACCCUAUGACCACUGUUUCCUGUCACUCUGAAAACUCUGAUUAAAAACACACUAGGCUUUUCUGUAUCAUGUCUCCGUUUGUCCUGAUAUACAAGGAAAAGGAAUAAAAGCUGUUCCUGGUGGAAUAGACAAGGAUGAAGCACCUCCUUUUCCACUCUCUCUGUGUGCACACUCCACUGACAUUCUGUGGAUAUUUUGGGGAGCAGAAGGAAAACAUGAAUGAAAGUAGUGCUAGAGGCAGUCACUCCUGGACCCAGCUGGGAUGUAGCGUCCCUCACUGAGCCAUGGGGAGCUGAAUAGCUAAAGGUCUGAGAUGUCCCUGUGCACAAAAGUACCAUGGCUAGGGCUUCCCUGGUGGCGCAGUGGUUGGGAGUCCGCCUGCCGAUGCAGGGGACGCGGGUUCGUGCCUGGUCCGGGAGGAUCCCGCGUGCCGCGGAGCGGCUGGGCCCGUGGGCCAUGGCCGCCGAGCUUGCGCGUCCGGAGCCUGUGCUCCGCAACGGGAGAGUCCGCGGCAGUGAGAGGCCCGCGUACCGGAAAAAAAAAGAAAAAGAAAAGUACCAUGGCUAGUCUUGGAGCUGCCUUGUGUUUGCCCUGGGUUACAUCUGCCAUCUCCCCUAAGGCCCAAUAAGGAAUGAGCUGAAAUCCACCUCCUGGUAACAUGCAUCGCUCAGACCCUGUCCAGAAUCACGUACGCAUCAUAUUGACAGUGAGUUUCUACUUUUUAGUUUUAGGGUUGUUUUAUGUAACACCCUAAUUACUUAAUAUUUAGGUGUGUCCAUCUGGUUGCUAUUAACAAUAAAAAUGCUCUAACACUCGUUUUUAGAAGUCUGGAAUACUGGUGCUUGAAAUGUUUGGAGGAAUACAUUCAAAUACAUUUGUAACUUUGUAAAUCAGUGAAUGUCUUGGCUGGGUGGCAAUUUUGAGUUUUCUAGUAUAUCUGGCUCACCAGGUACAUAAAUUGAGGGCCAGACACUCAUUCCAAUAUCUUUGAUUAAUUCUGGAAUUAAAAUAAUUUGAAAAGGAAGUAGCUUACUGUUAGUAAAAUUGUUCUGGGUUGUGGGGAAAACAGAGAAGUAUUUUUAAAUGAACAUUUUGGGGGCUGUUUUUCAAUAAGGUAACCAUAUGUGAUGGAUUUUUUUUUAAUGUAUGUUAUAAUAUGAAAUAGAAAAGGACCAUUAAACCAGGGGUUGGCUCACAGCCCAAAUCUGGCCUGCCGUCUGCUUUUGUACAACCCAGAGCUAAGUAUGGUUUUUAUAUUCCCAAAGGAGUGCUUGGGGAAAAAAAAUCAAAAGAAUGGUAUUUCAUGACACGUGAAAAUUUUGUGAAAUUCAGAUUUCAGUGUCCAGAAAUAAAAUUUUAUUGGAACCCAGCCACAUCCAUUCAUUUACCAUAUGAUCUAUGGCUACUUUCUUGGCAAAGCUGAGUAUCUGCAGCACAGACAGUAUUGCCCACAAAGCCUAAAGUAUUUACUCUUUGGCUUUUUACAGAAAUAAUUUGCCAACCCCUGAUCUAAACCCAGAGGGAGAUAUUGACCUUCCCCCGUUUAUGAGGCAUUAUAUCAUUUUAUUGAACACCUACUGUGUAAAAAAUACUUUUCUGGGCCUUGCUCCAGUGAAUUCUCACCAAGAACUUCCCAGCAAUUAUCACAUAACUCAUAUGAAGUUACCCAGAGAAUGGGAGUCUAUUGGCCUUGAAAAAAAACACUUCUCAAUUUACUUUCCCCAGCUAUGCAGGGAUUCUCAUUUAAAAAGCUCCUCUGUACCUAUUAUCUUUAUCCAUUUGAGUAGCUUUUAAAUACAAUUUUAUGUCAAGCGCUGGUUCAUCUACCUUUAUUUUUAUGUAAAGACUCAGUGAAAGUAAAGAUCAGAAGCACAAUGCAAAUAACUCUAUUUUAUUGUAAACUUGUAUCAUUAACUUUAAACUGUGCCACAUGACUGCCUUCUCGGAAGGCUGGAGCCCAGGGUUUUAACUGUUCGCGAGCAGCUAUGGUAGAUAGCAUUUUACCUGAAUGACAUUUAUGCUGUGAUUUUUUUUGUGCUGUAUUUUAUGGGAUAAAACUUGGGAAUAAGUGUAGUUGGAAGUGUGGAAAUAUUUUGUUUUUUAAACAUGCACAAUUCAUUUUUCCAGUUUUUGAUAAUUGUAUGUGUGUGUCAAUGUCUUGUCAGCAGAGUUGUGCGUGUGUAACUAAUAAAGGUUGAAUUAACAGAA